ACCCUUGUUAGUCUCAAUAAUUUUUCCACAGCUCGGCUGCCGUCCCUCUUUCCAAACCCUACAUAGGGUAUCGUAAAAUUUCCCGGCACCGUUUCCUCGUGCAGAAUGGCAAUCUCAGUUUCUCCGCACAUUCAGAUCUCUCUCACCAUGGCGACAUCUCUCCGAUCCCCCUUACGUCCCUUCCUAAGUUUUCACUGGAGGUCAUCCACUCAUAUUUUAAGACUACAGUCGUCUUCCUCUCAUCCCGCCCUUCAUUAUUUCCGUGUUNCAUAUCCCUCCCCAUCUCGAGGACCAUUUCGUGUUUUCCAAUCUCGUGGUGCGAGCCUUUUUGCCUGCGUGGUGAAGAAUGAAGUAGCAGAACCAGCGCCGAAAGAUACUGCUGUGGACGAGGAGUUGCAGGCUAGAGGGGAUAGCACGAUGCCGGAAAGGUUCCGCUACCUCAACAAGGAGGUUCCUGAUCCUCCAGUUCGGUGGCCAUGGGCAAUUGCACUGUUUUUUCUUGUUUAUACUUGGCGAACCGUGUUAUGGGAACUUUCAAAGUGGAAGAAGGCAGGAUUAGCAAUCUUAAGUACCUCUGCUUGGUUACUGAAGCUUACACUAGCCUUUGUGUUUCGGUUUAUUGGUGGUCCAAUUACCAGUUUGAUUAUAUAUAGUGAAUUUGUUCUCUAUUCUAUAAGGUAUGUUUAUGCCAGUAUUGUAGCUUUUGCUCCAGUUCCAGAGCUAACAAGGAUAAUCUUUUUUACAUCAACUAUUCUGGCCAUUGCUGAAGCUACAGUCCCAGAAUCUGUGAACAGCCAGCCAUACCUUCUAACGCUAUCAGGUAUAAUUGGUUUUGGGGCCGUUAGGGGCUUCAUUCCUGAGAUACCUUUCUGGAUCUUACUUUUUGGUAUGUUUUUCUACUCGAAGUUUAUCAAGAAAAGAGACUAUGUUUCAGCUGCUCUGCCAUCUGCUGCCUUGUUGGCUGCUGUGGGGGAACCAUGGGUGAGGGGCAUUGUCAUAACAUCCUACUUAGCCCUAGCUAUUGUUCAGUAUUCCAAGUAUUCUAAUGAUGGUGUGGGGUCAGAAAUCCUAGCAAACAACAAAAGAGUUCCUUUACCUCUUCUUCUUCUUUCACUAGCUAUUGUAAUCAAUCUUGCUGCAAAGUGGAUCCGAUAUCGGCACUUGACAUGGAUGAUAGUAUGAUGUAAUUUAUUAUGAUAUUUCCAUGUUUUAGCUUAUCUUUUAAAAGUGCUAUGGUUAAUUUGAGAAAA